GCUGCUCAAUGAGUCAGUGUCGUUUCCACACUGUCAACGCGGUAACUGCGCGGUGCAGUGACCCACAUGCUGGUUGGCCCUCUCAAGUUCAAUCUGGGACAAGGAACAAAGAUAGUAAAAUGAAGCUGGCAGCCCAAUGAGAGGUAGAAGAGUCCCUGGUAGAUAAACUGAAACAAUACCACCAUUCAGAUGAGAGAGAGACGCCCUGCGGAAAUAGUCAAAUGAGGCAGGUCAUCGUCUUCCUUUUGAGAGUUAUACACACUCCGAGCACAGAGUCUGCACUACAGUGCUGCCACUAUUCAUGUCAGCACCUGACAUAAGUGUGAGGAUGGAGAAGAAGUUGGGUGUUGACCCGCAGAUGGAGACACCAGAGGGAGGCCUGAAGGAGCUGGUGCUGAGGUGGUUCACUGAGACGCAGGCGGCGCUCAUCCUGAACAAUGGAAACUUCCCCGACUGGUUUCAAGGCUUCGCUGCGAGAAAGGACGCAGAAGAUCUAUUGAGAGAUAAAGCUCUGGGCUGUUUUCUGAUUCGCCUCAGUGAUAAAGCCAUUGGCUACAUCCUGUCCUACAAGGGCCACGACAGGUGCCGCCAUUUUGUCAUCACCCAGAAUCCAGACGGGCAGUUUGCCAUAUCAGGGGACUGUCAGACUUACCACAGUCUCACAGAGCUGAUAGAGCAUUACAAGGUCAGCCCCAUCCAGCCCUUUGGAGAAUGCCUGACCUCCUGCUGUUAUGAGGAAAACACAGGUGAACUGUACGAUGUGGUGAAUUACAACCCCAGAAGGAAGUCUGGGGUGAGCGUCCAAGCUCUGAGGACUCUGUGGGACCAGAAAAAUGAUCAUCACAGCAACCCUGGCAACAAUCAGAGGACUCAGCAGCACAAUACCCCUCCUACAGUGCAGCCGCCUGCACUGCCUCCUAAAUCCAAAAGCAGAAAGCUGACGGGAACAGUGUCUGUAGACGCAAUGUCCCUCUCACAGGGCGUACCUCCAGUACCAAAACGAGGCGUUCCUCUGGGCUUCUCCCUGAGUGGUUCUCUGCCGGACACAACAUCCCAUCCAAGCGAAACCCAGACCAACCCAAACAGAUCGGAGCGACUGCGCGGAAACACAACCCCAGUGCCGAUGACAGACAGAGACUCGUUUGAUACCACUGACACAAGCUAUCCUGGGGAUCUUUGUCCAUCGGGUACCACAUACUCUGAGCUGACACAUGUGGAGAGCAGGAGCAAAUCUCUACCACACCUGGACAACAACAAUAUGGAGGAGGAGGAGUACUCUAACCAUCUCAGUAGUCCCUCCUUCACAACAUCAGCAGCAUCUUAUUCACCCACUCACAUGAAGAGGGUCACCUGCCACACGUACUCCCUCCAUGAUCCCGGGGCUCAGAGGCCGAACACCUCCAGGUCAGAGCAGCAGAGCGAUGAUCUGGAACUGCUGAGGCCCAACCCCUUGUACCAGGCCUCCGAGGGGCCCGGAGGGCAUUCAGGUCAGCAGGGAGACAGCAUGUACGCUGAGGUCCCCCAGAGGCCGACCCCCGCUGGUCAACCGGAAGACACCUACGAGCAGAUCCCCGGGGAGGCCGCCGCCGCCGUCCAAGGCAACACUUAUGAGUCGCUGGACGAUAUUAAGACCAAGAAGUCCAAAUCCACCUGGGGGAAAAAUAAUAUGAAAUGGAAGAAAUUCCUUCCCGAUUACAAGAAGAAAUAAGAAAGACUCAUCAUGUGGAUACUUUUGUGUUCAAAAGCCGAAACGACUGUUUGAUAUUUAGUUAACAGAGACGGAGGUGAAAUGAGUAUUACAAAUGUAUCAAACUUUAUUAAUAUUAUUUAUUCUGGUCAUUUUCCUGACAUGUUUUCUAUCUCACAAUUUUAGCAA